AGCUACAGAACCCGUCGUGGCGGCAGCGACCACGGUCAAAGCAGUCAUGGCAGCCAUAGACUUCCCCACGAACUCGACAAACCUCAAUUCUGACGACAUUUAUGAAUCUUACUCGAACCGGCCGGAGACGUACAUCGUUCCCGUGGUGUUCGCCAUGAUAUUCAUCGUGGGCGUACUGGGCAACGGCACGCUCGUUUUGGUGUUCAUCAGGCACAGGAGCAUGCGAAACGUGCCCAACACGUACAUACUGAGCCUGGCGCUAGGCGACCUGCUGGUCAUCAUCACGUGCGUCCCGUUCACGUCCACCGUGUACACGGUCGAGUCGUGGCCGUACGGCGAGCUCAUAUGCAAGCUCAGCGAGGCCACUAAGGACGUGUCCAUCGGCGUGUCCGUGUUUACGCUGACCGCGCUCAGCGCCGAGAGAUACUGCGCCAUUGUGAACCCCAUACGACGGCACGUGUCGUCGAAGCCGUUCACCUUGAUGACGGCCGUAGCCAUAUGGAUACUGGCCGUGGUUCUGGCCACGCCGUCGGCCACGUUCUCGCACCUGGCCACCGAACCAAUACCCUUUACGAACAUGACCAUCGAGUUCUGUUACCCGUUUCCAAUGGAGCUGGGCAGCGGUUACGCACGGGGCAUGGUCAUGUUCAAGCUGCUCGCGUACUACGUGGUUCCGCUGUUCGUGAUCGGGUGCUUCUACCUGUUGAUGGCCCACCACCUGAUGGUGUCCACGCGCAACAUGCCCGGCGAGCUGCAGUACGCCGGCCAGUCCGGCCAGAUCCGGGCCCGGAAGAAGGUGGCCAAGAUGGUGCUGUCGUUCGUCGUCAUAUUUAUGAUCAGCUUCCUUCCGUACCACGUGUUCAUGGUGUGGUUCCACUUCAACCCGGACUCGCGCGAUGAGUACGACGACUACUGGCACGCGUUCCGCAUCGUCGGCUUCUGCCUGAGCUUCAUCAACUCUUGCGUGAACCCCGUGGCGCUGUACUUCAUCAGCGGCGUGUUUCGCAAACACUUCAACCGGUACCUGUUCUGCUGCUGCCCGUUCGCCCGGUCCGGCCCGGUCACCGUCGAGUCCACCAUCCAGGACAUCAACCUGACGCAUGUCAACAGCACGUCUUGCAGGCGUCACAACUCGGUCGUCACCAGCCACGCGACCAUGCUCAGCCACGCGACCUGACGGGCGGCCUGCGGUAGCAAGCCCGUCACCGAUGGCAAACGCCCCGAAGACUGCAACGUCGUCUGAUAACGAUAACGCGCUGAUAACGAGGGCGGCGGAGUCGUUCGCGCCAAAUACGGGGAACACGGGUUUUUGUCUGCUGGUGACGUUCGCGAUACUAUCAAAAAUCUUUAUAGUAAUAUAUUAUAUUUAUAUUAUACAGGUUUAGAUAAUGAUAUAUUACCGGGUGACGCAGUGACGUGCUCAGCGUUUUUGGUAGGUGUGAAAGAUGCGUUAUAACCAUAGACGGUGAUUAGGAGGUGCUUGAGGGGCUUAGCCCCCCAAUAAUUAUUGAACAUUUUUCAAAGUAUUAAAUCGGUACUUAUUUUGCAACAAUGCAAAGAAAGAUUUAAGCCCGUCCCCCUAAAAUUCAAUCAAAUAUCCGCCUAUGGUUACAACAACAACAAAAAAAACACCAUAUUCUUGCAUUUGACAGUAGGUGCUAUAAUUAAUAAUUAUUAUAAUAAUAGUAUACACCAUUAAUCGUGUAUAAAAGGGUAAUAUCAUAGGGUAAGUUAUUUGUAAAUAAUCGUCUUGACAAUAUGGCGGCAAAUAUGCUUUCAUCAGUUCAUCAUAUAAUUACAACCUAUAUUAUUAUAACACAUUAUCGUUAUUA